AUCGAACUCGCACGCAUUCGUUCAUUCAAUCAUCUCAUGCCGUUCAUGCGAUGUCCCUUCACUUAGACGGACGCGACGAGCACCACACAGUCCACACGCGACCAACCAGCCCUUACACCGAAAGUCACUUCGACUACACUCAUUGAUCACAUCCACGUAUGUCAGUCACACGCAAGCGACACCUUGAUCUGAAUAGAGAGAUAGGCCGGAAAAGUCGUACCUUUCCCGCACACAAUCGAUCGAAUCACACAUAGUGGCCUCUCAUGCACCCAAACACGGUCAUUCCACCGAAGACCCACAUGUAAGGAAACACUGAAGUGCCGAACACGAUCCAGAACUUCUUCUGCCCGACACUGUAGUACUGGCCGAUGCUCAACACCGCCAUGCAGAUGAGCGGCGCCGCCCCACAUAUCAUCGCCUCAGUGGACACCGUCUGGCCGGCCGUCGCGAUGUACUCCCUCCCUCCCAGUGCCGACCUCAACAUCAGCGCAACCGCGAUAAGCCACGCCGCCAGCAGGCGCCCCAAAGCAGGAUAAGGGCGAGAAAGGACAAUGUCCGGGUAGCGAUACAAGUAGAGGAUGCUGCUCAUCUCAGUUAUGAUGAUGGCGUGGCCUAGCAUAUAGCCGUUGACAGAGACGGGGGAAGAGGGAAAGCCCCGCCAGCCCAGCAGGCUGACCGCGGCAGACAUCCGCUUGUGGAAGGACCACCAACAGGCCACGAAGAGACCAGCGGCGCUGACAGACAGCAGCACCCAUGUGACGAUAGAGGGUGGAAUCACAACAAGCAGCACGGGCAGCAGAAACCACAGCUGAUGCGACGAGAUCAGAGCCCAGAAGUCGGGGCUGGUGAACUGCGCAGACACAGACAGCACAGCACGUGCUUGUUUGUCAGGACUCAGUUGUUGCCACACUACCCCUUUGAGCUUCGGUCGGCGCACUCCGUAGUCAUCCCCCGUUGCAGCGAUGAGCACGUACGGCCCAACACCUGCGUUCCCAGGCGGCCCCGUUUGGUCAGCCGGCUGAGCCAUCUGGACAGCGGCUCCGGGAUCUGGCUGCUUGACGUCAACGAUCCAAUCCCGCGGUUGUUCCGAGCGAGGAGCCAUCAAUCAUAGACGCGCUGCGUUCGCUGAUGGCGGCAACCGGUUGCUCUGUUGAAGAUCUGAUGCGCCAGGCUCUCCCUUCUUGGGGAGCUGCGAGCUGGAAAGCGCGUUACACGGAGGGGUCAGUGUGAAUGGCAC